AUGCUUAUUUGUGGUAUCAUUGAAGAGCUGGAAAAAAGCGAUCCGCGUCCGCUAUGCUACUUUUUCUGCCAAGCUACAGUGCCAGCGUUGGAUAACGCAACGUCCGUCCUUCGGUCCCUAGUUCUUCAACUGGCUCAGAAGUAUCCCUGGCUCCGAAACCAGGUCUUGGCUGAGUAUGAGAAGGGUGGAAAAGCUCGUUUCAAUGAUCACAACGCUUGGGGCACUAUGUAUGAGCUGCUCAAUUCUAUGCUCAGUGACCCACAAUUGGAUGGCGUUUUGUUGAUUGUGGAUGCGCUCGACGAAUGCACGACAGAUCGUCCCAAGCUGCUUCAGUUCAUCAAGAAUCUCUCGACAAUUUCCCGCGCUAAAGUCAUUAUCUCGAGUCGAAAGUGGACCGAGAUUGGCGAGGUGCUCGGCGAGGAGGAUACAAACGGGUCUGCUAUUACCCUCGAAUUACACGACGAUCUGAUCUCCAAAGCGGUUCAUUCGUACAUCGACCGAGAAGUUGAACAGCUGGCUAGCCGCAAAAAGCUCGACGAAGAAACCUGCUCGAAAAUCCGAGUAUAUCUGAGAAAUCAAUCACAGGACACGUUUCUCUGGGUCUCCUUAGUUUGUCAAGCUUUACUUGAUGGCAAUGUCAAGAAGCGUCACGUCAUGAUGGUGCUUGAGACAUUUCCACCUGGACUCAACGCGUUUUAUGAGCGAAUGAUCAACUCCUUGCCCUCCCUAGAGGAAGACUUGUGUAAAGAGAUACUGUCAGUCGUGUCGAUCUUUAAACACCCUCUCACGAUCAAGGAACUUCUUCCUCUCCUCCAGUCACAUUUCAGUGAUGAUACGGAAUCUUUGCAGGAAGUCAUCGAGUCAUGUGGGUCUUUCUUGAAAAUACAAGCAGGAAAGAUCUACUUUGUGCAUCAGUCGGCUGUGGAAUUUCUGGCAAGCAGUGGUUCAAAGCUUCCCACUGUUGCAGAGCGACACAAGUCCGUUUGUUUUUGGUAUCUCUAUGGACGUCCUCAAUAG